AUGUCUUUCAUGAAAGCAGUCAUUGUUACCGAGCCCCAGACUGAGGGACUCGUCACCGACAGACCCGUCCCCAAGCUUCGUGAUGACUACAUGCUCAUCAAGACCGUCAGCGUUGGCUUGAACCCCACGGACUGGAAGCACAUUGCUUUCCUCUCCCCCCCCGGUGUCCUCGUCGGAUGUGACUACGCCGGUGUUGUCGAAGAAGUCGGCAAGGAUGUGAAAAAGCAAUUUGCCAAGGGUGACCGUGUCUGCGGAUUCGCACACGGCGGUAAUGCAGUGCAGCCCGAGGACGGCACCUUCGCGGAGUACAUCGUCGCCAAGGGUGAUGUCCAAUGGAAGAUCCCUGAGUACAUGAGCUUCCAGGAAGCCGCCACCCUCGGAGUUGGCAUCAGCACCGUCGGCCAGGGUCUGUACCAGAGUCUCAAGCUUGCACUGCCCACCGAGCCCAUCAAGGACGCAACCCCCGUUCUGAUCUACGGCGGUUCUACCGCCACCGGAACCCUGGCCAUUCAGUUCGCCAAGCUCUCCGGCUACAAAGUCAUCACCACCUGCUCCCCUCGCAACUUCGAUCUGGUCCGCAGCCUCGGCGCCGACGAGGUCUACGACUACAAGGAUGCCCAGGCUCCUGCUCAGAUUCGCAAGGCUACCGACAACAAAUUGAAAUACGUCUUCGACUGUAUCUCGCUCGAGUCCAGCGCUGCCUUCGCUGACAACGCCCUCUCCACCGAGGGUGGUGAAUACAGCGCUCUCCUCAACGUGAAGAUUGCCCGUGAGAACGUCAACGACCGUUUCACUCUGGGUUACACCACCAUGGGCGAGGCCUUCAACUUCGGCAACAUCCCCUUCCCCGCCAAGCCUGAGGACAGGGCCUUCGCCGAGAAGUGGAUUUCCAUUGCCGAGAAGUUCCUUGCCGAUAAGAAGGUCAAGGUCCACCCUCCCCGCGUCGGCCAGGACGGUCUCAAGGGUGUCAUUGACGGUCUGAAGCUCCUCAAGGAGGACAAGGUCAGCGGCGAGAAGCUGGUCUACAACGUCUCUGAGACUCCAUGA